CACUAGAAGAUGGCGGACUGCGCCCCACUAUUAGAUGAGGAACUCUCGUCCUUUGUCUUCAAUUACCUGACAGAAAACUCCGGCAGCCAGUAUGGGGAGGAGGAGGUGUGUUCGGACCGUUUGGACACUGACUUCCCGGACAUCGACCUCUCCCAGCUGGACACCAGCGACUUUGACAGCGUCAACUGCCUCAGCGAGCUACAGUGGUGCAAUGAUCAGCCAGCGGACGCAUCACCGGCCUCCAUCCACUACAGUACGGCAGAUGAGCUCUUUGAGAUAGAAGAGGAGAAUGCGGCUCUGCUCGCCGCUCUGACAGAUAGUUUGGAUGGCAUGGUGGAUGCAGAGGUGGGCGGGCUCUCUGUCUUCCCCACCCUCGGGGAGGAGCCUGACCAGGAAGAGGAAGAAGAGGACAGUCUUCCUCUCAGUGCCGAGGACAUCAGCCAGUCCCUGGGGGCCGAGACAAAGGACCCACCUCUACUGAUGACGCUGCUGCUGACUCCUCCCAACGUGCCCACGGGCAACAACGCACACAAAGAUAGAGUCCACGGCCAUCGCUAUAGCAACAGAAGCCUGCACCUACAGCCUGUCAGACCUCUGGUCAAGAGUGACCUCCGUCAGGAGCGGAAGCCCCGAGCGGUGCGUCCAGCAGGCCGCCUGUGCACCGAGCUCCACCGCCACCUCACCACCGCCCGGGACUCCGAGGACACCCCGGCUGCCGACACAGAGGAGGACGAAGAGGAAGAAGAGGAUGAGGACAGUGAGUCGGAGGAGGAUGAAGAGGAGGAAGGGGAGGAAGAAGAGGAGGAGUCUUCCAGCAGCGAGGUGGAGGGCAGGGCGGUCGUGGCUGCUGUCCCCGCUGAACCAGCCAAGCCUCAGUUCAGCUCAGAGAAAGAACUGCACUCAGUGGUGGAGUUGAUCACGUACAUGCACACCUACUGCCUGCCCACACGCAAGCAGCAGGGCUGGGAGCGUAAGGACCGUGACGUCCCGAGGCCUCGGGCCAGACCUGAGGCCUCCCGCCUGGCCACCACAAACUCUCACAGCAGAGUUGUCUUGGUGGCUACUCCCGGGACUAGUGGGGGCUUAACUGGGACAGGCAGCAGCAUCCCCAAGAGGCUCCCCUUUGCAAGGCGAAGGGAGAUGAAGGCCAACUCCCUUCUCCGUGAGCUCCUGCAGCAGAGCAGCUCCUUCGAUGUGAGCAAGCCUUACAGACUGCACAGCCCUCCCUACUCCCACUCCCACAGCCCCAACAGAGUAGGAGUUUCUGCUCCUUCUGCCUCAGCUAAAUCAGCCCCAACCCACUCCCCCAGCUCCACCACCCCUAAGCUAGAGCUUCGUAAAGACUCUUCCUCCCCUGAGAGGAGAAGCCUCUCCUCUGAGGCACCUCAGAGCCCAGAGGAGACAGCAGAGGACAGCGGCUCUUUCUCGGUCCGGCGCUCCCGACGCCUGGCCUCCUUCCCCAGCCGCUUCGCCAAGAGGCUGCGGCCUGCACGCGUGAGGGAAGCAGAGGGGAAGGACAAGGAGGCGAAAGAGGAGGGACAAGCAGGGGUCAAACUCCUGCCCACCCAAGCAGGAGGGGUGACGACGACGGAGACGCAGCCAGAGCAGCUAACGCCAGGUAGCGGCAGCGCUGGUACAACGGAGCAGACCAAACCUUGCUGCCACAAUGAGAAGCGCGCCUGCCUCUGUCUGCCUCUCAACCCCAAGUCCACAGGAGAGUCCCAGUACAGCACCAAGCCUUUCGAGCAGACGCUCAGUGUGGAUCUGUGUGGAACGGCAGGUCUCACCCCUCCCACCACCCCGCCUCACAAACCAGUGGAGGAUGAGCUCUUCAAACCGGCAGAUGGAGGAAAGGGAGGUGAAGGAACGUGUGGUGGCAGCAGUGGGGAUGGUGGAGGAAGUGGCAGCGAGUCCUCAAGCACCAACACCAGUGUUGCCACGAAGGGCUCAUCCUGGCUGAGCCGUGCUCAUCACCAGCGGAAGCUUCCAGAGCAGACAGAGUUGUACGCCCAGCUGCGGCGCAUGGGCCAGGCUGGUGACAGCGACACCCACCGCACCUUUGGUGACCACGACUACUGUGUGCUGAGCCUCGGGGAGAGCCGCAAGCGUAGUGCUGCCAUGCUGGGCGCCAUAUUGCAGGCGCAAGGAGGGAGCGAUGGCGUUGGCACCUCAGCACCCAAAGCAGCUGACGAUCAGGUAGCGGAUGGAAAUGGAAAGGAGAACGGCGAAAGGCUGGUGGUGUCAGAAGUUGCAGAACCGCUCGAGCAGCAGACGACGCCAGUGGUGAUACCGUCAACGGCGCCGUCGCACUGCCAGUCGGCAGCUGCCACACCACCGGCCUCAGAGGAAGAGGCGGAGCGUUCGUGUGCAUCUCGCUCACCCUCGCCCAUCCUCCACCUGUGUCCCGACUCCCCCGCUAGCAAGACAGACUCCAGUGAAAACUCGGAGAUCUGUCCCGACGACGAACAGAGGAACAAAGCCAAGUCUGAUGAGGACAACUGCCAGGUGUUUUACAUCCACAACCUGCCAACCAGCGUGACCCAGAACAUGCUGAGGAAACGCUUCCAGGUUUUCGGCAAACCUGAGGACUGCAAAGUCAUCAUCUGCAACGAGGAGCGCUGUGGGGUGAUAAAGAUCCGCCAGUCAGGGGUUCAAAAGCACUGGAGAGAACAGGAAACUGUUUUCCAGAAUGGACCUGCAGGCCUACGGAGGCUGACAAGGAAACGCUACAUAGAUCUUGAUGAGGCCGGCCCGGGCCCCGUCAAGAGCAAGUACGAUGCACUGGACUUUGACACUCUGCUGAAAGAGGCCCAGAAGUCCCUGCAUCGCUGACAGCACGGCACCCCCUGACUGGCCAGCCUUAGUAAACUGCAGCAACACCCCUCCAACUACACGGCUCUGCCCUAAGACAGGCCUCUUAGUACCUCCAUGCAAGGCGACCUCGCAAAAUGUUUACAUUUUUACCAUUGGAAUAAAGUAACGAUAAGGACCUCGUUGUUUUUUAAGUUUCUUUCACCGGAGGAUACUGCUUAAAAACGAGGAAGCCACUGGGAGUCCAGAGGAGUUAAGAGACCAUGGAGGAAACAGGACUUUUAACAGCAAUGGUACAACAACAAAAACGAUAAAUGAUUCAGUUCUCUGCUGAACAACAAUAACAAAACCGUCUGUGUUGGUGACAUCAUUGCCCAGCUUGGAAGAGCGGGCAUGAGAGACCUCUGUAGCAAAUCCUUGCUAUUCCUGCGUUGCGUUGGUCGUUGUGGUGUGUGUUUCUGCGUGUGCGUGUUCUAUGUUCUGUUUGUUUUGUAAAAAAAAAAUAAAAAAAGAAACCCCUACCCUCUUUCCGGUUACGGGUGGUGAACCUGCAAGCUGUGUUCACCAUGAAGUUGUGCGGUUGUAUAACCAGAACAAAAAAAUUCAAAUAAAAAAAAUAACCCUGCUUUGUUUUAGCGAAAAUUGUGGAUGUUAUAAAUUUCAAAAUCUGUUGUGUGUGUGUUAUGGACAAAGAAUAUAAAAAAACAUUUAACGUAAUCAUUUGAUGACUGAUAAAGUUUACAAAUCUAAAAUGAAGAAGAAAAAAAUCAUGUUUUUUUCUUUUUUGUAAUUGUAGUGCUUCCUUGAUUUGAUCUAUGCACUGUAAGGAGGUAAAUGUCUCCGCUGUCCUCCACUGUCCCACUUUGAAUCUAAUCUCUAACUCUGCCAUGCUGACUAUUUUGGCUUCUGCUACUGGCUGCUGAGGGCUCUGUUUGGUAGGCGUUUUAUACAUCAAGGCCCCCGAUUAGGUUCUGGGAAAAAGUUUACCUCGAAAUGUUUCCAUUCCACAUGUACAUAAGUAUUUAUUGGAAAAGCACUUAAAGUAAAAACAAAAUGCCCAUUAAGUUCUGCUGUACUUUUUAAAAAAUUCUAUUAUGUGACUAUAUUAUACAAAGAACUUUCAAGUGUGACUGAAUGACCACUGUCAAGAUUAAAGCAAGUUACAGGAUUGGCCCUAAAGUUAGAAAUAAGGGGUCUUAAGUUAGAAUUAAGGGGCCUAAAGUUGAGGGGGGAAAAAGGGGGCGGCCCAAUUUGUAAAUAAGGGGCCUAAAGUUAGAAAUAAAGGGUCUAAAGUUGGAAAUAAGGGGACUAGGGUUGAAAAUAAAUGGCCUGAAGUUUGAAAGAAUGGGUCUAAAGUUAGACAUAAGGAAUCUAAAGUUAGAAAUAAGGGGUUUAUAUUUGGAAAUAAGGGGUCUAAAGAUAGACAUAAUGUUUGGGUUGGGUUAAAACAGUAGCUGGGUAAGAGUAGGGUCACGGUUGUUCCAAAAUGGGUUUUUACGUACUUCAUUGGUUGAUUCCAGGUAAUUUUUUCCACAUCUAGGGGGGUCUUGAUGUAUCUUUGAUAGGGUCCCACUGAACAUGUGUCCAAUAAAGGCUGCAGCCUAAUGACACCCCCUGCAUGCCACAGCCAAUGCAAAACUUACUGUUUACAUUUGGACUGCAGCAAGCAGGACUAAAAUGGGGAAAUAAAGAUGGUAGCCAUGACGCUUUUGUACCAUACUUAGUUCACUGCUGAGCUCUGUAUGAGUCCAUCACAUCCGCACUUAAUCCAGAUCAUUCCAGUCCAAUCUUCUUUCACAUAAAGUCCAUCAGUCAUCACAGGGCAAAGUACUGUAAAUGGAAUUUUGAUUGUCCAGGAAUCCCUUUUUUGUUUUUGGUGACCUUUACAAUGGGUCAGCUUGACAUUUGAUUUCAAAGUGCAAUAGAGAACAGUAUCAAUUUGCUCCCCAUAAUCCAUCCGCUGCCAUUGCCAGGAGCAGACGAAUCUGUUGGUUCAGAUGGAAUGUAUUCAAGAACCUGAAUGUAAUCAUCAUGUUUUCCCCAUUCCUGCUUGCCCAAAGAUUGUGGAGUUUUAUGGUGCUUUAAAGGUAGAGGUUGCUUUGUUGUCUGGUUGACUGCAUGCGACAGAUCAAGGCUUGAAGUGCAGUCUGGGUAGCGCCUAUUUUACAAUCCCGACAGAGCCAGUAGCACCCGCCGUGAAAAUAAGGGAGAGAGCCUCCAAACCUGCCAAUCCGGUGGCACCAAACCUACACAGCCAGGGAACGAGCGAGGGAUGGGCUUGAAAGUAAUGUAAAGAGCAAUCGGCCGAGAAUCAGGUUUCUCGUCCGGGAGGUACUGUAUCAGCUGAGCAUCUCUACCUCACAUCCAUCCAUCCCUCCCUGCUCCCCCUGUGUUUUUAUUUCCUCCUUCGACUGGAUGCUCUCCCCCAGCCUCUUUUGUAAGUCUUUUACUUUGUUGGGGGUUUUUUUGUCAGAAAUGUUCUCUGUGUGAGGGUUUCUCCAACUAAUGGGCGGUUAUGGGUAGUUGGGGGUUUGUGUUUGAUUUUUUUAUACAAUGACUCCUCCUACCACUGAACCCCUUGCGAGGGGAAUAAUCUCUCUCUGUCUCUAUCUCCUCCUUCGCUUGCCUCAUAACGGUUUUUAGCGUGUCCGUUUCUUGGAGUCUCGACUGUGUGUCCUUGUGUAACUGAGUGUUUUGUCUUUGUCUCGUGUUUGAGUCGGACACUGCUGACGCUUGCAGGUCGGUGAGGACAGGUCAGGAGGGGUUGAACGGUGGCUCGGAGGUUGGCUGGUCCUUGAGUGCGCUUGGAGGGGAAGACUCCCCUGAAUUUCUUGUUUUAUUCAGGGACACGCCAAUCGUCCUGAUUCCCCCUGUUCCUCCUCUCCUUGACCGGGAACUUCAAUAAUCCACAGCCCGACUCUCUAUCUCUAACUUUAACUCUAUCGCUUUCCGUCUCUCUUGUGGGUUCAAGACCUUGUUUCCAGGUCUUCCCCAAAGCCUGGUGAACUCCCUGCUUUUUAACAGAUAAUCCCUCUUCCCCGUCCUCUUCCUCGACCUUUCUCUAUCUAAUCAACUCCUUGGUAACACACACAAAAAAUUGAAUGUUUACAUCACUCGAUUCUCCUUUGACUUUAUUAGGAACGCACACUAAGUACAAAGGCGCCUUAUUCAGUGUUUAAAGAAAAAAAAAAAAACAGCAAAGGAAGUAGAGGCCUAGCGUUACCUUCUCCAGGCUCACUGAUGUCCAAAACUAACAAAACCAAUUUAGUGCUAUACAUACUGAUUGAGAAACACGGUUUAAAAAAAAGGAUUAAAAAAAAAAAAAUACAUUUCAACAACUAAUCUCAAACAACUGAAUGAGUAUUUGUGCUUAGUAUGUAUACUACUAAAAAGUGAGAGAAUGUGCUGGUUUACAUAUUAAAAAAAGAAAUAUAAUAUAUAUGAAUAUAAAAUGUGUAUAUAGCACUAUGCCUCGUUGUAAACAUAAAAUGUAUUGUGUGUUUUUUUUGUUUUUUUGUUUGUUUUUUUUUAAGUGGCGGGUCAUAGUUGAUUGCUAAUCAGUCGAUAGAUGGUCAGGUCAGUUUAGUUCUAAUGUUUGUUCAGUACAGGGAGGAAAUGAAGGGAAAAUCUGAAAUAACUUCACACAAAGUCCAACACUGUUUAAAAAGAAAGACAAAAAAGAUCCAAGUAUCCCUUUAGACCAUCACACUAGAAGGUUCUAUUUCUUUGCUGUUUAUAAAAUGACUAAAUAUUUUUCAAUGUUUUCUGUUUUCUUAAAAAGCAAUUUGAAAUGCAAUACAUAAUAAUCUUAUCUUUAAGACAGCCUUUCCGAAAAACUGAGGUAAUAAUGUAAAGGUGUAUGGUUGGUUGUUGAACUACAACACGGGCAAUCUUUGAGCUGCAGAUUCAAUAGGCUACUGUACUGUAUGUAGACUGCUGUUAAACACAAAAAAAAUUAUAAAAACAAACUACAGGAAGAAUGUGGUUAGUCACGUUGUCAACACAUAACACAUAUACAGAACGAAUCAUACUAUUAUACUCUUGCACAAAUAACGUCCCAAGUAGUGAAAUAUCCUCACAAUGUUUUCUUCUCAUUAAAAGGAAGCCGUUGUAACUAUGUUAUCACCACCUUUUGAUGGUGCACAGGUUUGUUCAAAUCUGAGUUGCAUUCAGCACUUACUCGUAUAUCAGUUAACAGCCAAUAACUAUACUUGUAUGACUCUGGUAAAGGAAUGUGGGAGGGAUGAAAAGGAGAAAAAAAAAGCAAGUUGUCGCUGGUUUGACCCAGUUCGAGUUUCAGAUAAGGCAGACACUGUAGGAAACUUUUACUGCUGCACCACUACUUCAUUCAAAUUCAUUACACAUUACAGAAUGGUAGAAUGAUAAUGGUCCAACUUGGUGGGAGACGCUGCAAGACUGCAGUACUUAAGCAGGAUAGAUCCAAAACAUGUAAUCUAAAAUUGAGACUUGUUGAAGCUGAGAGCAUGUGGUGGGAUUUCUACAGUUGCUGCCGCUGUGCCUGUGAGGGUGCCUCCGUUGUUCUAGAGGUGAAUUACAUCAAAACGACCCCAUUUUUCAUCAUGGCAAGCCUUAAAAAUCAAUCGGGGGGAAAACAAAGCUACCACUAGCUUUUAUUAUUACUGUUUCAACUCCUUUCCAAUCCAAUGUGGUUUAUUAUGAAAUAAUUACUGACGUAAUUAAAACUUUUUCAAUAGCCAUAUUAUAAAAAGUAUAUACAUAUAUAUAUGAAUAUAUAUUUGUGUGUUUGUGUAGAUAUCUAGAUGAUUAUAUACUUUCUUAUAGAAAACUUUGAUGUUGACCAUUCUCCUCAGUGUUUUGAGAACACGUUGACACAUUUCAACAUAAUAAUACCGCUGUCCACUCGGUCUAGGUCCUAGGUCGAUGGACAACGAAUCCAAAAAAAGAAAGAAAAAAAAAAAAGUUAAAAAAAAAAAUCCUUCCAAAGGGAAUUACCCUCGUCAGAAUGCAAUACCUUUCUUUCCAUUCUUCAUUUCAGAAAAAUGGGAAAUGGCAAGAAAACUGUAAAACUUGAUAGGCAAGUUGACCAAAAAAUAAAACAACAAUAAAGAGCGUGGCUUGUGGCGGCUCGUGAAAAAUGUGAUGUUUUUGACGGCUGCAUGAGAUUCAGUUUUAUAGAUGUCAUGUUUCCAAUGCCAUGGCCCUCUAAAAACACUUCUUUGUUUUUACGUCACUUACUGUUUUAGUUUGGGAAAACAAUGUAUCUGUCAGCUAGCUACACCAUCAAAUUAGCCCCUACCAGGACAGGAGUGCUUGCAAUACCGGCCUCAGAUUCCACGUCCAUGUUUGAUCAGCGAAAUGGUUGUGUCACGUUUAAACAUCAACCUUGUACAAUCCACAGAAACUGAUGGGUAUUCUGUCAAACUUGAUGGCAACAGUGAUGUCAAAUCGGCACUUAGUAGGGACUGCAAACUGUCAAAAUCUGCUAAAUGUGAGUGGGUGUUUUUUUGGUGGAAGAAAAAAUUUUGACAAAGGGCAUACAUUGUUUUUGUUGUUUUUCAUUACUAUUGAUUUUAUUGUCUAUUUACAUCUAAUGACUAUCAAAUUCACAAAUGAUUUUUUUUUUCUUUUUUAACUUAGUUUUUGGUAAAACAAAAAAGGUAAAUACUGCUAGUAAGAUUUUAUAUUUUUACAUAUGUUGGUUUUAUUUUGCGUUACUUUUUUUUAUACGCCACUUAGUUUGGAUGUCUUUAAAUGGUGUUUUUUUUUUCUUCUCCGUUUUGUGUGAUUUCAUAUGUCUUGAGAAUGUGGAGACAAAGGCAUUUCAGUAUUUUUGAAUUGUUAAAAUCUAGUUUCAUAGAAGCGGAAGUAUCUGAUGUUAUAAAUUAUAUUUUAAUUCAUGUAAAUAGUUUAAAACAGAAGACUAUGGCUUCCUUUUAAACUGAAUACAUUUCUCUUCAGAGAUUGUUUACAUUAUGAAACUGUAGAGAUGUGCUCCUCAUAUACUGUAUAAAGUACAUAUAUUCAUUGAUUUGCCUCCAAAAAAUAAAAUCCUAAUGAACAGCA